CCCCCCAAACCCAAAGCCAAAGCCAAAGACGCAAAGAGGAAGCGCGUCGUGUCCCCUCCCCGGUCAGGUCAGAUCUGGCUGCCUCUCUUCGACUACUCUAGCAGUGUCCGCCGGGUCGCCGCCGCCGGCAAGCAAUGGCGGAGGAGGGCCACCCGUCCCGCUACGUCAAGCUCACCAAGGACCAGGACGCCCCCGGCGAGGACAUCCGCCCCGGCGAGCUCAACCAGCCCGUCCACGUCCCCCAGCUCGAGGGCCGGAGGUGCGGCGAGGGGGGCCACGUGCUUCCGGAGAGCGACGACGACCCCGAGAGCUGUCGCACUGGAUUGUUCUGUCCUUGCGUGCUGUUUGGGCGCAACGUUGAGGCCCUCAGAGAGGAUAUCCCUUGGACAACGCCUUGUGUUUGCCAUGCUAUCUUUGUGGAAGGAGGGAUUACACUUGCAAUCCUGACAGCAAUAUUUCAUGGUGUUGACCCAAGAUCAUCGUUUCUUAUUGGAGAAGGUCUGGUGUUUAGUUGGUGGCUGUGUGGUACCUAUACUGGCAUUUUCCGUCAAGAACUCCAGAAGAGAUAUCAUCUCAAGAACUCCCCAUGCGACCCAUGCAUGGCCCACUGCUGCCUGCACUGGUGCGCCAACUGCCAGGAGCACCGCGAGAGGAGAGGCCGCCUGGCCGACCACAGCGCCAUGCCCAUGACCGUCGUCAACCCGCCCCCCGUGCAAGAGAUGAGCAUGUCAGAGAACCACGCCGCCCCCGCCCCUGCCCCUGCCAACCCGGAGACCAAUGGAGCAUCGAAUAGGGCUGAGCUGGAAGCGCGCAAGAGCGACCACGACGACGUCGAGGUCAUCCCUCUAUAGACCAACCAAAGAAAGAAAAAUAAAGCCAAUGGAAUUUUGAUAUACCGAAGAAUGUUAGGAUAGCAGAUCGAUGGAGUGAGCGAGGCAUGAGAAAGGAAAGAUUGACCCUCCGUGAAUUUGUUAGUGGAAUUGCUGAUUGAUGUUCUCGUCUCCAAUCUUGAACCAUUACUGUAACUCAACGAUGUUGUUAGUUCGCAUUAUCUGCUGAAGGUGGUUUUUAUGUGUACUUAAAAGAGGUAUUUUGAGCAACUUUGCGUCGCUAAUCGGAGAAGAUCGUCGGAGCUAAUUAUGUUAUUUUCAUUCA